AUGAUGAGAAGAAAAGUUCAUCCUGCAUUGAUGGAGGAGACAGAGAAAGUUAUAUUAGAGCCUUUGAAAGUUAACUGUAAACUAAAGGCGAGUAAUGUUGAUGUCUGUUAUCAUCUGGUUUUUUCAGAUUUCGAUGCACGGUACAAGAGCUAUUGCUCGAAUAUAGCUAGGACUUUCUUGAUUGAUACUGACCCUAUUCAGAGUAAGUCUUAUGAGAUUCUUCUGAAAGCGCAUGAGGCUGUUAUUGGGUCUCUAAAGCCUGGAAAUAAGUUGGGUACUGCGUAUCUAGCUGCAGUUUCUAUUGUGGAUAAGGAUGCCCCUCACAUGGUUUCCUGCUUGACAAAGUCUGUUGGGACAAGAAUUGUUAUUGAGUUUGGAGAGUCGGGUUUGGAUAUUAAUGCGAAGAAUGACCGGAUAGUUAAAGAAGGUGCAUGCCCUUCAUCUUCCUCCAGGAUGCUUAGAUGUAAAGCAGUUGCCGAAGAAACAUUUUUUAGAGAAUUACCUAAGGCCACGAUCUUCAAACCUGCUGCUAUGAUUGUUGAUGAAGAAAGUAUGAAGAUUGGAAGAUGGAGCUUUGAUAAUGAAGGCAUGGAGAAUUUGAGAGACCUUGAAGAUGAAGUCUUUAGGCAUAGAAACUUGAAGAAUUUCUUUUCUGAUUGUAUUUUGAAACUUUAUUGA